AUGCCUUCUUGCCUCGGCUCAUGCUUGUGUUCUACAUUUACGUCGUUUUUUGGGAAUAAUGACGGAAAGAGCAGAAUCCAAUACAGAAAAUUGUAUGGCACAUUGGGCUCAUCCACUUGCCCAUUUAGCGGAAAGCAACAACAACAAUGUGGAGCUUUACCAUUCGGAAGAGAAAUUUUGAACGUUGAUAUCAGCAAUGGAGCAAAAUCACUUAACGAUUUAGAAAUCAUUGAGUUGCGAAGAGCACUUGUUGAACAUCACAUCCUGUUGUUUAGAUGCUCCAAACCACUCUCACCUACAGAACAAACUCAAUUUUGUGAAAGAUUAUUUGGAGAGACUUCUAGAUAUCCAUACCCUGUCAACAAUCAAGAGAUGUUGUGGAAUCAAGAACUGGACACAUACAUUCCAGGUCAUCCUGACAUUUGGAAAGUAGUUUCUACAGACUACACAGUUGCCAAUCAACGAGUUCUAUCUAAAUGUGCAUUGAUUUCUUCAUGUCCAUCAUCACCUCAACCUUCAACUAAUAAUAGCAGCUCUUCAACACAAAGUAUCCAUAGCUCACCUCAAAAAGCUUCAUAUCCGCAAUCUCCUCAACAGUACAACAUGCCAUGUCAGCAACUGCAACAAACACCUUAUUCUCCUUCUAUAAACAUGCAAUCAUCGUCACCGCAGUAUCAUCAAUACAACUAUCAACAGUACGGUCAAAACUCUCCUUAUAAUGCACAACAAUACAACUAUACCAGUCAACAACAACCACAGUACCAACAAUAUAAUUCCUAUGGCAAUCAAUCUUCUCUAACGCCAUACUACCAACCUCAACAAAGUCCCUAUUCUCCUUUAAUGAAAUACGAGACUCCUAGAUCAUUCUCACCAAUUUCUUCUUCCUCUCAACCUCAACAAUCCACCACUACCUAUAACAUUGAUAAGCCCACAUUUGCUGCUGGUAACUUCUUUUACUGGAAUUGUGAUGGAGCUUAUAGACAUGAGAUUUGUCCUACACCUGUGACCGUUUGGAAUGCUGCUUUGUCCAACAGAGAUGAUGAAAUACUCUUCACUGAUUUGCAAUUAGCUUAUGAGCGAUUAGAUGAAGCAGUUAAACAAAAGACAAGCAAGGUGUUCAGCAUUAUCAAAGGACCCAACAGCUCUUCAGUUCAGCCACUUGUUAGAAAACAUCCAGUUACAGGCAAAAAAGGAUUAUAUUUACAUACAGGUCUUCUUUCUGGGUUUUUAGUGUCCACGGAUGAAUGCAAUCAAUCCUCGACAGAACAGUGCCCAACUGAAAUUAACAACACCAUCAAUUUACCAGAAACCAAAAUCAAAACAAUGGGUUGCUCAUGUUGCAAACAGCUUAAUCAAUGUCUUAUUAACCAUUUGGAUAAUGGUCCAGUUUUCAGGCUUAAGUGGAAAACUGGUGACAUUGUUGUUUGUGACAACAUGGCUGUGGCAUUUCGAGGAGUGCACAAGCCACAUAUUCAACAAGGACAAAACACAAUAUUGUACAAAACAGCAAUUGACACUCAUGACAUUUUUUGGCUACGAGACGCCGAACUCUAUAAACAAUGCUAA